GUUCAGGAGAGCUCUGUAUUGCUUUUCACUCUGUUCAUCUUGGUACCUGCGUGAUCUGUGUGCUAUCACAGAGUUGUAACAUUUUCGUCAAGCCUCCGCUACCAGCUUAGAAUGGCCAACGGUCAUUUUACAGAUGUGGACUACGUCUUAGACGGGACUAAUGUGGGCAAGACGCACGUUCGUCUACUCCAGCAUCGACGUCUUGGUGCCCACAAACACGAGAUUCAAGAACUGCUGGUCAACACGAGCUUAUCUUGGGACACACACAAGGAGUUCGAGCACAGCGAUAAUUCUGACGUCAUACCAACGGACUCACAGAAAAACACCGUGUAUGCACAGGCCAAGAUCAUAGGGAUUACAACUCCGGAACAGUUUGCGAUAGCUCUCUGUGAGCACUUCUUGAAGACGUACAGCCAAGUCGUCAGGGCAGAGAUAUACGUAGAACAAGCUCCAUGGAGAAGGAUGGAUCAAUCUGGUGAACAGCACGCCCAUGCAUUCAUCCAGACUCAAGAGGCUACACGUUACUGUGUGAUCAGGCAGGAGAGAGACGAACUUCCCACAGUGUGGGGAGGUUUAAAAAACAUGAAAAUCAUGAAAACCACACAGUCUGGCUUUGCUGGUUUUGUCCGAGAUGAGUUUACAAGCCUACCAGACACAACUGAUCGUAUAUUUUGCACGGAUGUCUGGACAAAAUGGCGAUACUCGGUCAGCUCAGGAAUCGACUUUGACGAAACUUGGAAAACAUGUAAGGAAAGUAUUUUGAACGUCUUCGCUGGAUCUCCAGACACUGGCGACUAUUCUCCUUCGAUCCAAAGAACCAUGUAUCUAUCAGUGCAUAAAAUGCUAGAGAUGGUAUCCCAGAUUGAUGAAAUUGAACUGGAAAUGCCGAAUGUUCAUUACUUUUUAGCCGACAUCAUGAAACUGGGAAUGAAAAAUGACGGAGAGGUAAUGAUGCCAACAGGUUAUCCACACGGGAUGAUCCGAUUGGCUGUCCGUCGACCAACUGGUGACAAAGUGUGAGUGCCUCGAUGGGGGUCUCAGAAGACACCCCGACUUGGAUUGCGCACCACUGUGCCCAAUUUUUUUAAAGCCUUGACAAAUCUUGCUUAACAGAAAC